AUGUCUAAUGCUGAAUUCUGUGAUUAUUCGUUGACGACGUUCGAUUGCAAUGGGCGUUUGCGGCAGGUGGAUUAUGCUUUGGCGAUGGUGAAUCGCAAUGCGCCUAGUGUGGGAAUUGUUGGCUGCGAUAGCGUUUUGCUGGCUUCGAUUAAACGCGACUGCACGCCGCUGAUGGAGCCCGAAACGCUGCUGAAUAUGCAAUGUCUAAACAAGAAGUUGGGCAUAGUAUACGCCGGACAUGAGCCGGACUAUCGCGUGAUGGGCAAUUAUGCGCUCAAGACUGUGGCCGCUUUUGAUGCUGCUCAUCAUGAGAUCAUAUCUAUUCAAAAGCUGGUCACCUCAGUUAGCCAACUUAUGCAGGAGAACACCCAAACAGUUGGCACUCGUCCCUUUGCUGUCUCCUUGCUCACCUGUGGCCAUCAGCGUGGCGCUGCUCAGCUCUAUGAAACGCUGCCUGGUGGCGAUUUUCGCACUUAUCAAUGCGCUGCCAUUGGCAAAGCUGCCGAGAAGCGCCGCCAGUUUAUGAUAAAUAAACAUAAAUGGUCACUGGAUUUGGACGGCUGCAUGAAUCUGGCAUUGGAUGCUCUGCAAAAGGAUUACAAUGGCAUCUUGACUGCACCAAUGCUGCAAAUUGGUUAUGCCAACUGUGCGGGCUUCGCUGAGCUGUCGACAGAUGAAAUCACUAAAAUUCUACAGAAAUAUUAUCUAUGGGAAUAA